CUGUUAUCAUUGGUAGAUGUAUUAUAUCAUUUCAAUCCAAGAUGUCUUCCCUAUCAAUCACAGCUGAGUCCUCAAAUAAAAGUAAAAAAAGAAAACAAUUUUAGCCCUGUAGAAUGCUCUCUUCUUGUUGAGCUUGUGGAGAAAAAUUUGGAUGCAAUACGAGGGCAAUUUUCAAGUAGCAUAACAAAUGCAAAAAAACAAGAGUUGUGGGAGAAGAUAACCUCGCAAAUAAACAGCUUGGGGUUUGAAAAUCGCACGCCAAAAGAAGUGCGUGAAAAAUGGAGAAACCUGGCACAGAUUGCUAAAAAAACCAAUGCUGGAAUAAUGAGUUCGCAAAGAAAAACAGGGGGAGGUCCUGCGACAAAACCACCACCUUUAACAACGGAGAAAAUCAUAAAUAUUUUGGGAGAUGAAACUUCAUUCUCAGGUAUUCAAGGAGGCUUCGAGUCUGGUGGUACAUUUGUAGAGAAAGAGAGUAAUUCAUUUCACUUGAGCACUUUGGUCGAAACCGACGAAGAAGAUGAGGGUGGUGAGGACAUGGAAUUAAGCAAGACUCCAAUACCAACAACAUCCACACUAUCACAAUGUGAGCAUUUAAUUAUGUUUAUAUCCAUUGUUGUAUUCAUAGCUUAUAAAGUGUAUUUGUGCAUUGUAUUGAACUUAAUUCACAGGCGAAGAAUCAAGAACAUUCAAAAGGAAACGACCAAAGACUCAAGGAGAGAUGAAAAAUGAUGUUCAGCAACUUCAUGUUGAGGUUCUUCAACUGGAAAAGAAAAAAUGUUGUUUGAGAAGCACAACCUAGAGUUGAAGAAAAGAAAACUCGAACUACAAGUACAGUUACUUGAGAGGAUAGUUGAAAUCAGUGAACAACCCCCUUCAUUUUUUCUUUUAAUAAACUAGUCAACUGAAA